GCCCCACUUGCCUCAGAGCAGUAGUGACCUUUGGGCCGCGUGGGUCUUCACAGGGUUGGUUUGUGGACCAGCCAAAGGAUAUUGUAGGUGGAUGCAAAAAAUAUAUUUUAUUCACUGGGAAAUGAAAUUUUUAUACCUUUUUAGUGACUCUAAAGUGAGUGAAGUAGGAUAAAUUCUUCGACUCAGGAGAAAGCAGAGGCAAGAAAUUGACUUAACGAUGUUUAAGAAUAAUGUUACUGACCAUAAGCUAAAUGUGGAAGCCAUAAUUAAAAACAUUAACACAAUUUCUUUGGAGUUGAAGAAGAUGAAAGAGCUCUCCCAGUUGCUGCUUUGUGACCUUACUCUACAUUUUAGUCAUCCUGUGAAGACAGAUGACUUAAAGGAACCAGAAGAGAAAAUCCCCCUCUUUGAAGAGUCUAAAAUAUCAGAUGUAUCCUUUGCUUCUAAGAGCUUUUCUAUCUGAUUUCUUUUGGUUUGUUGUGAACUUGUAACUGUAUUUAUUGUGGAAUUACCAUGUGUCUGGGAGAACUGAGUUUACUAAGAUAUUUAAUAUUAUAAAAAACAAAAUAAAAAUAUGAGUUGUAAAUAAUCAUUUAAUAUUCUUGAAAGCUGUCUUACUGUUUUAAUGUUUCAAAGAAUGGCUAAUUCAUUUCACUCGUGGCAAGAAUAGGAUAUAGG